GUUUCGUGCCCAUUCAAAUAUUAAUCUGAAUAUGGCGAUUUGAAAGCACUCAAAAUUAAACCAACUGCUUCCAACGUUUUCCCAUUUUCGGAGAGAGAAAGCAUUUCUAGAGGAAGGGAGAGGAGGAAGGAGAUGAGACGGAUUCAGAGCUGGGUUUUUCUCCAAUGGUUUAUUGCUUCAUUAAUAAUGGCGUGAUUGGUGAGGUUCGGAGAGGAAUUGCGCCUCUCUGAAUUCUUCCGUAGUUUUUUCUUCUUUUCUUCUCUUUUUCUCUCACCGAAUCAGUUUUCUUGGCCGGGAAGGAAAGUGAGAGAAAAUCAAGAGGGACCGGUUUUGUUGGUUGAGUUGUGUUCUAGGUGGAGUUCCUUUUUCAUGUAGGCCUCAUGCUGUUUUCUGGGUUCUGGCUAAUUGGUUGUUUCGAUGGCAGAUUGUAAUAUGGUUCAACUGGUAUCUGGAAAUAGCAAGCGAUGUAUAGGAGUGUCUUUUCUGCUGCUGGAGUUCUUCUCUUAGCGUGCCAACAAUACUGUUAUGACUUUUAAGACUGGAAUAAUCAGUUUUAAUGAAUCUUGAAGGUCCCAUGGAAAUGUUAAGCUCACUAGAGAAGUUACUCUUUACUUUGAGUGGAAACAGAGUUCUCACUGAGAUAAAUUCCAUAAGGACUUUGUAGAAUGUCUCGCUGACCAACAGCUGGAAUAAAUAAGCGAAGCUCUCUUACUUCGUAUUGCAAUAUUUCUCUAUCAAGGUGCAGGGUACAAGGUCUCAGUGGGUUGGCUGGCUCUCUAACAAGACUGUUAACCAUUCUAGUCUGUUAUUUAUUUGACUUCCCUGUGUAAACGGAAGAAGUAAUACAAACUCUUGUUUGAUUUUGGGGCAAAUCUCCUUUGGCGGCAACAAAAAUUUGGUUUCUGGAAGGACACUUCUUUCAGAAACCUCAUAUAUCCUGCUCUUUUGGGCACAUCUCCCUCAGCUAAAAGUUAGUGAAGUCUAUCCUUAUUGGGUAACUUUCCUUGGAAGUCAUCUAUUGAGGAUACUUCCUCUUUAUAAUUUUCUUUGGAACUCCACCCUCUAUAGGCAGAUCUCCUUUUCUGUGCUGAAAGUCCAUUUCAUCUUGUGGAGAAGACGUUAUCUGGCAUUAACGGCUCAUCAACACUUGUGGUUGGGAAUACUCCCUUGGAAGGUUCAUUUAGUUGAACCUUUCGACUAACAGGGCAAAUCUCCUUUGGCAUUUUGGAGUGUUAACUCCAGUUAUCCCUGCAUCUCUGUAGGGAAAAACUCAUUCGGUGUUGGAUCUCAAAUCUCAGCAGUCCUAUUAUUCUAUCAGAGAUUCAAACUUGUCAUCUUUCUUCAACAUUGGAAAAUAAUAUCCACGGUCAAGAAAGAUAAUACUAUUUAUAUUUUAGAUUUAACAAUAAACCUGGUUUUGCAUUUGCAAACACAUUAGAAAUUAAAAUCGAGGCUAGCAGCAAAAUUCCACGACGAUUAAUUGAGUUACUUUGGUGGGAAGUCAAGCAGAAAAUCUUUCAUCUGUUUCCUUAUCUGAGAUAUAUAUUUUGGCAGGCAUCUUACUGAUGGAUGUGCUUCUCAGUGACUCUGAUUGGGAGACUUAUAGUGAGAGUGCUAGCAGUGAACAAGAGGAAAUUGAGUUUUUGUAUCGUGGGCAGGCUCAGAGCAUCUUUUCCAGUCUUGAGGAGAGCAUUGGAAAGAUUGAUGACUUUCUCUCAUUUGAGAGGGGAUUCUCCUAUGGGGAUAUCGUAUGCUCUGUAACAGAUCCAUCUGGACAGUUAGGAAAGGUUGUUAAUAUAAAUUUGUUUGUAGAUUUGGAGAGUGUUCAUGGAAAAAGCAUAAAAGAAGUGAAUUCUAUGAAACUUCUAAAAAUCCGUUCUAUUUCAGUGGGUGAUUAUGUGGUUCAUGGAGCAUGGUUAGGAAAGGUUGACAAAGUGGUCGACUGUGUCUCUGUUGUCUUUGAUGAUGGGACUAAGUGUGAAAUCACUGCUGUGGAUCAAGAGAAAAUUGUACCUGUUUCAUCAAAUUUAUUGGAAGAUUCACAGUACUGUUAUUACCCAGGCCAGAGAGUGCGGGUUAAGCUCUCUCAUGUCCCCAAGUCAGCUAGAUUGUGUGGGAACUGGAGAUCCAAUGAAGAUGAAGGAACUGUUUGUUCUGUGGAAGCAAGUGUGGUGUAUGUUGAUUGGGUUGCCUCUGCUCAAUUGGGAAGGUGAAGCAAGUCUGCCUCCCCGAGUUUACAGACUCAAAAAUUUAACACUUUUGUCAUGUUUUUU